UAUAUAUAUAUUGGAGAAAACUUUGAUAUCAGUCAAUGCUUUAACAAUCCUGAGGAUGGAAUUUAAACCAGCAAGUUUGAUACAAUUUCUUCCUUUAACACUCCUUCUAUACGUUAGGGGAUCGCCAGCCGACUGGACAACAUGUUUACAGAAACCACAUUUCAUCAGCCAAUGGACCAAAAUAACAGCACAGGACAAAGCUUCACCACAACAAAUAGCGGAGCAUGCAAUAGGGACCUUUCCUAUUAAAGUUGACGUCCAAGUAAGACCGGCCGACAAUAAACCAGAAAGACAGUUUUACUUUUCAGGACUAGGGUCUUCACAAAGAGAUGAUGAUAUAGAUAGUCCUUAUGGUGGACUUGUGUUUUACUAUAAUGACGAGGCAGUGGUAGUUUCUGUUCCUAAUACAAAUGACGGACAUAAUGUUGGAAAGGUGAUUUUUACAGGAGGAAGUGCUUGGUCUGGUCAAGUCCAACAAAGUGAAUUAUCCGCCGAGUACAGGAUCAGAGCAUGGGGCAAGAAUAACUUCCCGAAACCAGAUUUUGAAUCGUCAUCGAUACAUAUGGAUACAACGACUAACACUUAUAACGAAGUAUCCCACGGAUUAGGAAUAGAACCAGACUAUGCAAUAGUACAAGUCACAUUACCGUCUGGUAUUAUUACCGAAGCUGUUGGUUCAUCUAUGCAGACAAAUCCAACGAGUACGGACUGGGGAGGAGUAAUAUACAGUUACGAUAAUACUGUAUUUAGAUUGUGGGUACCAAACGGAGGUUAUGGUGGUUUAUUCAGCAUUGCAGAUGGAUGGGGUAAAAAUAAGGGAACAGUUGAGAAGUCCGGUACUGUAAAGAUAUAUGCAUGGAAAAAACUCACUUCUAAGAGUAACUUCACUCAAUCAGUAACUUUACCAUCUGCAUCAUAUACCAUGAAGCUUACCCAGCCUAUCGACCGAGAAAACAAUCUGAUUGAUAUAAUAAUCAGAGCUCUUGAUGGUACAAGUAAGAAUUUUAUAUUCCAUGGUUCCGGCGCGGUACAGAAUGUUAACAAAAACGACUCUUUUGGCGGAAUGGUGAUUUCUUAUUCUGACCAGACCGUAAGGUUUUGGUAUCCUAAUACUUCGCUUAAAGCACUGUUGCUUGUGGAUAAAUCGUGGGGUCAGCCAAAUACUCAGCAUAUAUCACAUAAAGUAGAACUUUCGAUUAAGACAUGGGAGAGAUAUACUAGUUGUCCACCUGUACCAAAGAGCACCAAAUAUGUUCCUGUUGUCACAACUAUACAACCAAAAGUCACCAAACAUGUUCCUGUUGUCACAACUGUACAAGCAAUAGUCACCAGGUCGGCUAGUACAACAAAAACUACAGCACUCAAGACUAACAAUAUAACAAGUUCUCAGUCUAAGCAACCUACUAAUGGUUCUAAGAAGACCUUUAGUUUUAGUUUCACGGAUGUUGACUUGCCAACCAUUUUAGUCGGAGCUGGACUUGGAGUUGGUGGGUCGAUUCUGUUGUUUGUUGUUGGUUGCAUCAUUAAGCAUGUAAUAAGUAAACCGAAACCAACGGAAGUUGAACCCUUCUGAUUGACAGCAGCUUGAUGUCUGAAAUUCUAUUCCAAUAAAAAC